AUGAACGUCGCGUUGAUUUCGCUGCUGUUUGGUGCCGUAUUGUGCACAGAAGUGGCUGGCUGGGCAUGUCCACCAGGAUGGGUUCCAAAUGGUGGACAUUGCUAUCUCUUCAGCACCGUGAAAAAAUCCUGGUAUGAAGCAACGUACGAAUGUGCCAGACUCGGAGGAGCUCUUGUCUCCUUUAACUCUCCUAAGGAGUUAUGGUGGGUCAAAAAUCACGUCAAAAAGCUAUGUAAUAGUAAAAAUUACUGGUUCAGUGGAAAUGACAUCAGACAUGAAGGGAUAUGGUCGUGGAACCCUAACACUGGAGAAAUAAACCGAGACUGUAGAGACUGGGCACAUGGCGAGCCAAACAGCUGGAGAGGACUCGAACAGGACUGCGCUCUAAUGUGGGCUAGCAGGGGCUACAGUUGGGACGACGAACAGUGUCAUCUACCUAAGGAGUACAUCUGUGAACGAUACAUGUUUUCAGAAAGAGUAUGCUCCUGUCGGAUCUAA